CCAAAAAGGUGCCUGUGUCCUUCCUCCCUUUCAGAAGAGAGAGACAGAAGAGAGAGAGAUGGGAGAGAGGGAUAGAGAAGUGAGAGGUAGAUGUGGCACUGAGGGUCGGGGUUGGUGGACAUAGUGGUGAUGGGUUGAUGAUUGCACUGGAUGAUCUUAGAGGUAUUUUCAAACCCUAAUGAUUCUAUGAUUCUUUGACUUCCUUCCAAGUUCCUCCCCACAGGAGAGGCAGUGGUCACAUUGCUCACAGUGUGGGCAACAAAGGCGCCUUUCUGGAAAGGCCAGGGCCUGGUCCUGCCCUCAGCAUCCACCCAGCCCUCUUCAGAGCAGCUCCCUCUAGCUUACAGCCUGCUCCUUCUCCACAACACCCCACAUCUCCCACUUCCCAUGUGCUGGAACCAGAUGAACUGGUGCUCCUUCACUUAGACCCUGCUGUAGUGCUGCUUCUCUCUGCACAGGUUACUUACCUCUGGCAGGCUGGAAGAAGCCAAAAAAAUACUGCCUCAGCCAAACCAGACAGGUUACAGGCAGUCCUGACCCAUGCUGUGAUGGACUCUGGGCCAGUCCCAUACAUCAAACGCAAGAGGCAGAGGCCAGGUAGGGCAGCUGGCACAGGGAUGUGGCAGCCAGUCUGCACGCAGGUCUGAGGGGCUGGGGCUGCCCACGCUGCCUUCACCUGGCAUAGAGCUGUAAACAGAAACAGAGCAUUCCCUUGACCUGCCUUUAGCUGGGGAUUUUCUGCAGCCUCCCAGAUCACCCCACUGCACCAGGAGCAGGAUAUUUAAGGGUCCAGCUAUGAGGAGGAGAGAAGAUUGUGCUGAGGACUUGCAGGCUCGUACAGGGUCUUUUCUGUCAGAGAACACUAAGUAUUUCUCUCUUCCUAAAGCAUUAAGGAAGAAACAUGAACACAGCAAGUGGUGAUUUAGCCAACCCCACGACCUGGCAAGAUGCUGGAGGUGAUUUUCCCAACUGCACCGAUGUAGAAGUCAGUCUGAAGACUUUGUACCUCCCUGUUAUGUACAGCAUCAUCUUUCUGGUGGGCUUCCCAGGAAAUGUUAUUGCAAUCUGUGUUUACAGCUUCAAGAUGAGGCCUUGGAAGAGCAGCACCAUCAUCAUGCUGAACCUGGCACUCACAGACCUGCUCUACCUCACCAGCCUUCCCUUCCUGAUACACUACUAUGCCAAUGGGGAGCACUGGAUCUUUGGGGGAUUCCUGUGCAAGUUCAUUCGUUUUGGCUUCCACUUCAACUUGUACAGCAGCAUCCUCUUCCUCACUUGCUUCAGUGCCUUCCGCUACAUGGUGAUUGUCCACCCUAUGAAAUUUUUCCAAGUCCAAAGGAAGCAGUGGACAACAGUGGCCUGUGCACUCAUUUGGGUGAUCUCCCUGGCAGCUGUCAGUCCCAUCAAUUUCUUGAUCUCCUCAAGAGAGGAGCAAAACAGAUCCUUAUGCCUUGACUUCACCAGUUCUGAAAACCUGGGUGCAAUCAGGUGGUAUAACUGGCUGCUCACCAGCCUGGCCUUCUUCUUGCCCCUGGUGACAGUGACUCUGUGCUAUGCACUUAUUAUUUCUGCCUUGGCCACAGGGCCCCAGACACAGGCUAGCCACAAACAGAAGGCUCGCAGACUUGCCAUCAUCCUCUUGGUGGUCUUCUAUGUGUCCUUCCUCCCCUUCCACCUUUUUCGGGUUGCUCGGGUUGAACUGCAGUUGUGUCCUGUCAGCUGUCAUGUUGAGAAGCAGAUUCACACCAUCUAUAUCAUCUCUCGACCUCUGGCUGCACUCAACACCUGUGGUAACCUUCUGCUGUACGUUGUGAUGGGAGAUAACUUCCAGCAGGCCAUCCUCUCACUCUCAUGGUGCAAGAGGAGCAAAUGCAUCCAGCCACCUGGGAGCAGUACUUAUAUGAACAAGUCAGAAAUCACCUUAAGGGUAUAGAAGAAUCCAUCGAAUAAAGUUCCAGCAAACCUGGGAUUGCUUUCUUAACACUUAGGCAGGUGUAUGGGUAUGGCAGUGAGAACUGCUGCUGGAUUCUCACACUCUGUAAUAGAGUGCUUGUCCAAAAAGUCAUCUCAGGAGCAGGCUUAUACAUACAUACCUCUGUUAGCAACUAAAAAAUGAAAUGAAAUGAAAUGAAAUGAAAUGAAAUGAAAUGAAAUGAAAUAAAAUAAAAUAAAAUAAAAUAAAAUAAAAUAAAAUAAAAUAAAAUAAAAUAAAAUAAAAUAAAAUAAAGGAAUGAAGAGAAAAAAAUGUAAAUCUCCUUAAAGGCAGAAUUUUAACUUAAUCAGACUGUUUCCAAAGAUAUUUGGAAAAUGCUGAAUUCUCUUCCUUCAGUCUUGGAGACUGGCUACAGAAACGCAGGGAGCUGGGUUUGGACAAGAGAAUAACCUCCAUCAAGUUCAGUGCUGCCACUGGUGUAGUGUUUUGUUAAUUACAGCUGGACUAAGACACAGAGGAUUGUCAUGGUUGCUGAAACCUCUGAAUUACAUAAAUUACCAUACUUAGCACCUAGAUAAAUCAGGUGUUUUCAAAUUCUCCUCUAUUCAGCUCCUGUGAGGCCCCAUCUGGAGUACUGUGUCCAGGCCUGGGGCCCCCAGCACAAGAAAGAUGUGGAGCUCUUGUAACAGGUCCAGAGGAGGGCCACUAGGAUGAUCAGAGGGCUGGAGCACCUCUCCUAUGAGGAAAGACUGAGGGAACUGGGAUUGUUUAGCUUGAAGAAGAGAAGGCUCUGGGGAGACCUCACUGUGGCCUUCCAGUACUUGAAGAGAGCAUAUGAACAGGAAGGGGAAUGGCUGUUUACAUGGGUUGACAGUGAUAGGACAAGGGGGAAUGGUUUUAAAUUG